ACCUUCCUCUCUCUCCUCCCUUCAUUUGCCGAUUGCCAUUUGUGUCGCCUUCCCCUCCCCCCUCAGGAGGGACGAGAAACGCCUGGAGGAGGAAGCCGUAAGACGAUCAUGGCGGGCGGAGACAACGGUCGGGAAGCGGAGGAAGUCAGGACGCCGCUGUUGGUGCCGCGCAAGAACUCGGCGACCUCAAUGAGGGGCGAGUUCGUGGCCAGGCUCCCCGAUAAGGUGAGGCACGGCGUCGACUUGGAGAAGCCCUUCGCCCUCGACGUCUCCCGCUCCAAAGAUCUCAUCGAAGGGGUGAGAGAAUACUACGAGAAACAAUUUGCAACCUUGAGAUCCUUUGAGGAAGUUGACUCCUUGCAUACAAAUACCAUUGAUGAGGAUCAGGAACUUGAAGAGCAGGCAAACAGCGAAUUUGCCAUGAAGAUCUCUAACUAUGCAAACAUUGUUCUCUUGGCACUAAAGAUUUAUGCUACUAUUCGAAGUGGAUCCAUAGCUAUUGCUGCAUCAACACUUGAUUCAUUACUGGAUCUUAUGGCUGGUGGGAUCCUCUGGUUUACGCAUCUGUCAAUGAAGAACAUUAACAUAUAUAAGUACCCUAUUGGCAAGUUGCGUGUUCAGCCAGUUGGAAUCAUCAUCUUUGCUGCUGUCAUGGCUACUCUAGGAUUUCAGGUUUUUGUUCAAGCCCUUACCCACUUGAUUGAAAACACGCCCUCGGAGAAGAUGACCUCGGCACAAUUGAUAUGGCUAUAUUCAAUCAUGUUGACAGCCACUUUCGUAAAGCUAGCUCUGUGGCUUUACUGCAGAACCUCUGGAAACAAGAUUGUCCGCGCCUAUGCUAAGGACCAUUAUUUUGAUGUAGUCACCAACGUUCUUGGCUUGGCUGCUGCUAUUCUUGGUGAUAAAUACUACUGGUGGAUCGAUCCUGCUGGAGCUAUUAUUCUUGCAAUUUAUACAAUUACGAAUUGGUCAGGAACUGUCUGGGAGAAUGCAGUCUCACUGGUUGGGCAGUCAGCUCCACCUGAGAUGCUGCAGAAAUUAACUUACCUUGUACUAAGGCAUGAUCCUAAGAUUAAUCGCGUCGACACAGUCCGAGCUUAUACAUUUGGAGUCCUUUAUUUUGUCGAGGUUGAUAUUGAACUUCCAGAAGAUUUACCUCUGAAAGAAGCCCACGCGAUUGGAGAGUCCCUGCAGAUAAAGAUCGAGGAGCUUCCAGAAGUUGAACGAGCAUUUGUACACCUCGAUUUUGAAUGUGACCACAAGCCAGAGCAUAACAUCCUCGUCAAGCUACCUAGCAGCCAACCUUGAACUUGCAUCUUGAGUAUAUGCUGAGUUAAUUUGCAUACAUUUUGCCUUCUGUAGAAGGGGAUUUUAUAGCUUGUCAAGCUAGCCGCAGCUUGGUUAUUUGCUUGAAAAAGGUCGUAAACAGAUGGACAAUGGCUGAGAUUGUGAUAUCAACUGAAUUACUUGAAAUCAGAUAGAAUUGUGUCAACCCUAUAGUGUUCAUUUGCAUUAAAAGGCCCAAGUUUUUCAUCUCA